AUUGGCAGAAACCUACGAACAGGAGACGAGAGCAAAGAUCCAUGAGGUAUACUUUCUUUUCUAAUAUUGUUCCAGGAGCCAUGCUUCAACUGUUGCUACUCUUUGGGUUUUUCAGCCUCGGUGUCUGUCUCCCUCGUCAGUAUCACUUCAUUAAUGAGAAUAAGACCUGGGCUGAAGCACAGAGAUACUGCAGAGAGAAUUAUGAUGAUUUAGCCAGUAUUAAUAACACUGAAGAGGAACUGGCCCUUACUAACAUAAUAGACAUCUGGAACAACAACCGAACCUGGAUUGGACUGUAUGAUGAUCUGAAAAGCUGGAAAUGGUCUCUGGAUGAUGAUUCGUUCUUCCAGGAAGGAGAAAGAAGCUUUAGAAACUGGUACAUACAGAAACCAAGGAACUCGAAUGGAAACAGUUUGUGUGUAUAUUUAUCGGGUUAUUCUGGAGUAUGGUAUGAGGCCUCUUGUUCUUUGAGACUUCCAUUCAUUUGCUUUGAUGGUAGUGUGAAUGCCAGUGAAAGAUAUGUCCUGGUUAAUCAGAACCUGAACUGGACUGAAGCUCAGAGAUACUGCAGAAAGAAUUACGCAGACCUGACCAGUGUGAGGAACGAGACGGAGAACCAGAUGAUAAGAUCAUUAUUACCUAAUAUUUAUUAUUACUAUUAUGGUUUGUGGAUUGGUCUGUACAGAACCAGGUCUUGGUCAGAUAAAAGCAACUCUUCAUUCACCAACUGGAAACCUGGACAACCAGAUAAUUAUGCACAGAAUGAAUCCUGUACUGCCGUCUCAUUUAAUAGUGAUAAUUAUUAUUACUAUUAUAAUUAUAAUAACACUUACCUGUAUUAUGGGAAAUGGACAGAUGAAAACUGCGGUCAAGCUUUUCCGUUCCUCUGUUACAGCACAACAUUAUCAUCAUCCUCUCAUCAGUAUCACUUUAUUAAUGAGAAUAUGACCUGGACUGAAGCACAGAGAUACUGCCGAGAGAAUUACACUGACCUGGCUACCGUUGAUAACAUGGAGGAAAUGAACACGCUCCUUAACACAGUAAAUGGCAGCUACUCAGGUUUAGCCUGGAUUGGACUGUAUGAUGAUCUAGACAGCUGGAGAUGGUCUCUGGAUGAUGAUGCUUUCUACCAGGAGGGAGAGAAAGACUUCAGAGGGUGGAACCAGCAACCUGAUAACUACAAUGGACAAGAACUGUGUGUUUAUAUUAGAUCUGAUGGAACAUGGUUUGAUGGAAACUGUGACAGAUCUUUACCUUUUGUUUGCUAUGAUGGAAAAAAUGGAACAGACGAUUAUAGGUGGAUUUUUUCUUACAUGCCCUGGAGACGAGCUCAGGAUUACUGCAGAGAGCAUUACACAGACCUGGCCAGUGUGAGAAACCAAACAGAUAAUCAAAGAAUCCUCAACCUCACCGGUGGCAAUGAUGCUUGGAUUGGUCUUUACAGAACCAGACUCUGGUCAGAUAAACAGGAAUCCACAUAUGAAAACUGGAGAAGAGACACUUAUAUACCUGCACAGCCAGACAAUGGUGUAUAUAUUCCAUGGGAACACGGCAAUCAACACUGCACUGCUGUAUUAUUCAGUGACUCAGGGUACUGGACAGAUGAGAACUGCUUCGCCACAUUCCCUUUCAUCUGCUAUAACAAAUUCUGUACAGGAUCCUCAUGUUCCCUCCAUCAGUAUCACUUUGUUAACGAGAAUAAAACCUGGACUGAAGCACAGAGAUACUGCCGAGAGAAUUACACUGACCUGGCCACCAUUAAUAACAUGGAGGAAAUGAACACACUCCUUAACACAGUAAAUGGCAGCUACUCAGGUUUAGUCUGGAUUGGACUCUAUGAUGAUCUGAACAGCUGGAAAUGGUCUCUGGAUGAAAAUUCUUUCUACAUGGACGGAGAGAGAAGCUUUAGAAACUGGUAUAUAUACAAACCAAGGAACUGGGGUGGAAACAGCAUGUGUGCAUACAUGUCAAAUUAUAAUGGGGUAUGGUGGGAGGCCCCUUGUUCUUCGACAUAUCCAUUCAUUUGCUUUGAUGGUAGGGUAAAUGCCAGUGAAAGUUAUGUCCUGGUUACUCAGUCCAUGAACUGGACUGAGGCUCAGAGCUACUGCAGAGAGCAUCACACAGACCUGCUCAGUGUGAGGAACGAGACUGAGAACCAGAGGAUCAGAUCAAUAUUAUCAAAAAUGUUUAAUUCAUAUUAUUAUUAUUAUUAUUAUUAUUAUUAUUAUUAUUAUUAUUAUGAUUACUACUACUACUACGCUCCUCUAUGGAUUGGCCUGUACAGAACCAGGUCUUGGUCAGAUCAAAGCAACUCUUCAUUCAGCAACUGGAAACCUGGACAACCAGAUAAUUAUGCACAGAAUGAAUCCUGUACUGCCGUGUCAUUUAAUGAUUCUGGGAAAUGGACAGAUGAAAACUGCAGUCGAGCUUUUCCAUUCCUCUGUUACAGCAUAAUGACAUCAACUUCUCGUCAGUAUCACUUUAUUAGUGAGAAUAAGACCUGGACUGAAGCACAGAGAUACUGCCGAGAGAAUUACACUGACCUGGCCACCACUGAUAACAUGGAGGAAAUGAACACACUCCUUAACACAGUAAAUGGCAGCUACUCAGGUUUAGCCUGGAUUGGACUGUAUGAUGAUCUGGACAGCUGGAGAUGGUCUCUGGAUGAUGAUGCUUUCUACCAGGAGGGAGAGAAAGACUUCAGAGGGUGGUACCAUCAACCUGAUAACUACUAUGGACAAGAGCUGUGUGUUUCCAUGAUAUCAACCGGGGAAUGGUUUGACAGCCCUUGUACUGACAGAAAGUCAUUUGUUUGCUAUAACGACACAACCAACACAUAUGUGUGGAUUUAUAACGCAACGACUUGGGAAGAAGCUCAAAGUUUCUGUAGAGCAAAUCACACAGACCUGGCCAGUGUGAGGAAUGAGACUGAACUUCAGCAAAUACUGAACAUCAUGAACAGCUAUGGAUAUAGUGAGGCAUGGAUUGGUCUGUAUAGGAACCGAUUAUGGUCAGAUCAGAGCAACUCGACUUUUACAUUUUGGAGCCCAGAGAUUCCAGCACCUCCACCAGAGCCUGAUAACGGUGUGUAUUCAUAUUCACCUGGACAAUAUAGAAAUCAACACUGCACAGCUGUGGAUCAUUCCGGCCGAUGGACAGAUGAAAACUGUUUCACCAGUUUCCCUUUCAUCUGCUACACUGCAUUCACUCCAGGUGUUGUGACAGGAUUGCAGAUGAAAGUCAAAGCUGAGGAAAGUCUGUUAUACUCUGAGAUUGAAAGAAUUGUGUUGAUGGAACUUCAACAAGAAUCUGUCAGACUGGGACUUUCAAGCAACUUCUCUGUGAAUGCGAUAAAAAUCCGUAAGAUCAGUCCAUGAAGGAGAAAGACCACAUUCAUGUCCAGAAUAUAACUCGUUUCGGGAUGGUUUAUCUUUAAUGUAUUCAUUCAUUCAACAAUCAUUCAUUCUGUUAAUGCUGUAGAGACACUCCAACUCUUACAUUACUCCAUAUAUACAGCCAUUUAAAAUGCAAAUAAACAUCUAAAUAACAAACAAGAAAAUUUAAUUAAAGAUUCAGUAAAAGAUUCUUACCGACUCAAAAAGACUUCAAAAGCCUUGAGAUAUCCUCGCUCUGACCAUAACAGUAAUAAUGACUGUAAUUAUGCUGAAUUAUGAAUGAACAUGAUUUUCUUAGGUGUAAUAUUUUAUUGGUGUAUUGGGAAUUUCUAAGUAACUUAUAAGUAAUAUUUUUAAAAUGAAUUUCAACAAAUAAAACUCUGUACUUCUUUGUGUGUGGUGGGAUUCAUAGAAAAGUUUGAUAUGUUAUAUUUUCUGCAAUAAUCGUAUCAGCAGUUGGUUGUGUGUGUUAAGGGAUACUAUCUUUCUUUUUAAUUGUUUUCAGUACUGGGAUUCAUGUAGUUUUGGUUGUGUUGAUUAAAUGUUGAUUAAAGACCAUAUCAAUAAACAAGCACUGAAUGAA